CUUUUUUUUUUUUUUUUUAUUCUUUAUGGUCAAAGUUUCAUGUUGUUGUUCUUCUUCUACCGGACAUUCAAUUAACCCAACCGCCAUUCAAUCCUUCAACUGACAAUAUUUCAGAAUAUACUUUAUCAACAAAAAGUUACUGGAAAAGAAGUAGGUUAGUUUUGUUCUUUUCUUUGUUAUUCUUUUCUUUUGCUAUUUUCAAUAGAAAAUUUUUCAUCGACUAACCGAAAGAAAUAGAGGCUCUGAAAACUUAUACCGCCGCGAAAAUUAAAAAAAGAAAAAAAAAUUAAAAUUAAACGCCAUUUGCAAAACCCUGAUAAAGCCCCCAAUGUUCUCCUGCAUGAAAGAUGGAUGGUCUGAUGUAAGCAGAAUAUUGACAAAGACGGUAUCAAUUUUGAAAAGUGCAGGUAUUCUAUUUGAAGAUUUGAUUUAGAUGGCGGAUUCAGUAGAAAACACCACGGUUGAAGGAACAAGUGGGGUGGAGGAAACAUCACCCGAUUCAUUGAAGAACACGCCAUAUAACAUUGCAAGAUUGGAGGAUGUGAUAGAGCAUUGUAAGGGUCGUCAGAAGUAUCUUGCUCAUACGAGGAGUCCUUCUGAUGGGGGUGAUGUCCGCUGGUACUUUUGCAAGGUUCCUUUGGCUGAAAAUGAUCUAGCUGCCUCAAUUCCUCGAACUGAGAUUGUUGGGAAGAGUGACUAUUUUCGUUUUGGGAUGAGGGAUUCUCUUGCAAUAGAGGCAUCUUUCUUGCAGAGAGAAGAAGAGCUACUAUCUGGUUGGUGGAAAGAAUAUGCUGAAUGCUGUGAAGGUCCAAGAGGACGAAGUAGUUCUGGCAAGAUGUUGGACAUGGGAGAGGAUUCAUCUUCUUCCAAGGGUUUUCAAUCAGCCCAACUAUAUGCAUUUGAAGAAGAGAGGGUUGGUGUCCCUGUAAAGGGAGGGCUUUAUGAGGUAGAUUUAGUUAAGAGACACUGUUUCCCUGUAUACUGGAAUGGAGAAAAUCGACGUGUUCUGAGAGGUCACUGGUUUGCUCGUAAAGGGGGCCUGGAUUGGCUUCCACUUCGUGAAGAUGUAGCUGAACAAUUAGAGAUUGCAUAUUGUAGCCAGGUUUGGCACAGGAGAACAUUUCAACCAUCAGGACUUUUUGCAGCUAGAGUUGAUCUGCAAGGCUCUAACCCAGGACUUCAUGCACUUUUUACUGGAGAAGACGAUACCUGGGAGGCUUGGCUCAAUGUUGAUGCUUCUGGUUUUUCCAGUGUUUUUAAUUUCACGGGAAAUGGAAUCAAGUUAAGACGUGGUUACUCUGCAUCUCACUCCCCCAAACCAACCCAGGAUGAAUUACGUCAAAGAAAAGAGGAAGAGAUGGACGAUUAUUGUUCUCAGGUUCCUGUUCGACACUUAGUCUUUAUGGUCCAUGGUAUUGGUCAAAGGUUGGAGAAAUCUAAUUUGGUUGAUGACGUUGGCAACUUUCGCCAUAUCACAUCAAGCCUUGCGGAGCUACACCUGACUUCACAUCAACGCGGUGCACAAAGAGUCCUUUUUAUCCCCUGUCAGUGGAGAAAAGGCUUGAAGCUCAGUGGUGAAGCUGCAGUUGAGAAAAUCACACUAGAUGGUGUGCGGGGUUUGCGUGUUAUGCUGAGUGCUACUGUUCAUGAUGUGCUCUACUACAUGAGUCCCAUAUACUGCCAGAGCAUUAUUGACUCAGUUUCUAACCAGUUAAAUAGGCUGUAUUUAAAGUUUCUUAAACGGAAUCCUGGUUAUGAUGGAAAGGUUUCCAUUUAUGGACAUUCUUUGGGAAGUGUCGUCUCCUAUGACAUCCUCUGCCAUCAAGAGAAUCUCUCCUCCCCAUUUCCAAUGGAAUGGGUGUAUGAGAAACACUCCAAAAAUGUAGGAUAUUCCCCUAAUAUGAAUAACCAAUCUUCUAAGUGCUGUUCUUUGGCUAAUCUAGAGGAAAAGAACUCCACUACAAUGAUGAAGAAUACAGUAGAUUGCAUUGGUGAAGACAUGAUGGUUUCACGACCAAUUUCAUUGGUGAUUGAAAAGGUACAUGUUGGAGAUAGAUCCUUAGUGUCAGCUGAAAAUAAUGUCGCUGCUGAGGACUCUAUGCAGAAAAGCUGUAAGGAGGAUGUGCAUGAUUUACUUAAUGAUUUUAGUGAAACCCCUCAGCUGAAGGAGGGUGGAUUUGGUGAAGCUACAGAUAUCGCUGGUCUUUUGGAGAAAGUGACAGGGGAAGAGAGUGAAGAAGCCAGAGAUAAGGAUAAAGCAAUCAAAAUGCUUAGGGAAGAGAUUGAUUCCCUAAAGGCAAAAAUUGCAGAACUGGAAUCACAUAACAGUGAGGAAACUAGUGAAGAUAAGGAGACACUUAUGCAAAAACCUCCUACAUUGCAGAAGUUUGAUCAAAAGCUGCCAUCGAAGCUAGAUGAUGCACCAAAGAGCUAUACCCCUUAUAUCAGAUACACAAAGCUUGAGUUCAAGGUUGACACAUUCUUUGCAGUGGGAUCACCUCUGGGAGUGUUCCUUGCCCUUCGUAAUAUCCGUAUUGGACUUGGCAAAGGGCAAGAAUAUUGGGAUGAGGAAAACAUUCACGAAGAGAUGCCUGCUUGUCGUCAAAUGUUCAACAUUUUCCACCCAUUUGAUCCUGUAGCAUAUAGAGUAGAACCACUUGUUUGUAAAGAAUACAUCACAAAACGUCCUGUUAUUAUCCCUUAUCACAAAGGUGGAAGAAGGCUGCAUAUUGGAUUUCAAGAAUUUACAGAAGAUUUAGCUGCUCGUUCUCAGGCAGUAAUGGAUCAUCUGAGCUCUGUAAGGGUGGGUUCUAUUCCAUCCAGAGUUAAUAGCUUAUUCUUUGUUACAUGUACAAGCUUUGUUUGGUUCCAUUGCUCUGACUACCAUGAAAAACAGACUUCUCAAAAGUUUCUCAGUUCCAGGCUAAAGUGCUCACAGUUUGCCAAUCAAGAAACACUGAUGGCCAAGAAGGGCCAGAGAAUGUGGAAGAAAAAGAAGAGAGGUCAUAUGGUUCUCUAAUGAUCAAGAGGUUAACUGGAAGUGAAGAAGGGCGGAUAGAUCAUAUGCUUCAAGUGUGUAAUUACACAGUCUGAUGCUAUUCGAUUUCAUUUUCUUGGUUUUUUCUGUCUGUUUGUGUGCACAUGUGUGCAUUAGUGUAGGGGUGUAAGCGAACAGAGCUUUCAACGAAUCAUUCAUGAACAUGUUUGGUUUUUGUUUGUUUAUGUUCGUUUACUAAGCUUAACAAAUGAUCUUGAACACCAUUUGUACGUUCGUUUAUUAAAUGAACCGAACAUGAACAGCUGUCUGUUCGUUCAUUUAUGUCCACGAACAAACUCGUUUACAGUUCAUUUAAAACUCGUUCGUUUAUUGUUCAUUUAUUGUUCGAUUGCUGUUCAUUUAUAAUAAUACUAAUGAAGUUACAUUUUUAUCCUUUAUCCUAAUCCUAUUUUAAGGUUCAUUUAUAUUUGUUCGGGUUCGUUUAUGUUCGUUUAAGGUUUGUUUGUUUAAACUUGUUUAAUUAUGGUUUGUUUGUUGUUUAUGAACGUGUUCAUUUAUAUAUGUUCGUGAACAUAUUCAUUUAAUGUUCACGAAUAAGCUCAUUUAACUUAAUUGAACGAACACAAACUGAACAUGAACAACCUAUUAUUUAAACAAACGAACAUGAAUGAACACAAACUGAAUACGAACACCUUUAAAAAUAAAUGAACACGAACAUAUGUUCAUUCGUUCAUGUUCGGUUCAUUUAUAACCCUACAUUGGUGUGUGCCUGUUAGCAUGUGAAAAUGAGAUGGCACAUGAACUUUUCUUGGUACACUUUCCAGCUAGUGUAAUUGAUUCUUUAGUUUUAUUUUAUCAGUUGUCACUGCAGUAAUAUUUAGGUGUUUUUCUAGUUUGUACUUCGUACCAUGGGGAUCUAGUUAAUCUAACACUGAUCAUGAGAGUCUGUGUAGACCUCUAAAUCUGAUGCCAUGCAUUUGGAGAAUGAGGCACUUUGAUGCUGUAACUCAUGGUCUCUCCCAGCCUCUUGCUAAUAGUAAUAAUAAACAAGUUGAAAACUAGUAAUUUGAGUUGGAUGAGGAAGUAAAAAAAAUAUCAUUUUUGAGAAAUCCUCUUUAGUAAAUGCUAAAAUGGAUAGGGUAAUGCCAAUUUAUUGAAGCCUAAGGAUGUUUAGUUUGUGCUCUAAUCAUGACAGCCAGGUCAUACUGCUGAUUUCGCCUAACUGAGUC